AUGGGCGUGAGCAAGCCAUCAUAUACGCAGUGGAUAUCCAUCUUGAAAGCGGUGGCUGCUUCCUAUGCCGUCUACUGGUCCUUGCUGUGGGUCCUGGGCGUUCCAUGGCCACUGCGUUUUCGGGGCGAGCUAGAUGGCUUGGAACGAACACGGGAGAGAUCUGACGACGUGGCUCGGCAAGCCUAUGACCAGAAGCUCGAAACAUCGGGGAUCAUCAGGGGGGACUUCAGGGCUAAGAUUGCGGACCGAUGCCAAAGUUGCGAGGACUUCUGCUACAACUGGCUCAACGUGAACCCAGUGUAUGUUCUGAAGAGUCAGUACUGUUCAAGCGACUUUGGCUUGGACCCGUGCGUGUUCUACGAGCCUGGAAAGGAGUAUCUACAGCUUGCUCCUGGUGACGAGGGCGACCUCCAUGCCGCCCAGAGCCAGCGAUGGAAGAAGGCCAGUGUAGGCUUGUGGCUGGAGUUUGAAGGCCUUGGAUGCAUCGCUCCCAUCUGUUUCGAUGAGGUGUGCACAGAGAUCAAUAGUCCGUCGCAGUCGGACUCAAGACGUCGGCUGCUGCAGAAUCGUCCUCCUGACUCGCCAUUGGUCAGCGAGGCUGAUCGCAGCAUCGCAGCAGGCGGCAGCGAGGAUCGUCCACAGUCCCAGCCUAGUUCCUCAGCUUCGCCAGCAGAUCCCCGGCCCGGCAGGGGCCUGUCGGCGUGCGAGGUGAGGUCCAGCAUGCAUUCAGAUCCAGCAGAGGGAGCAGCAGAGGUGGACAGGAGAGUGGUUGCCACACCUCGGAUGCAGCAGCAGGGCCCCGCAGAUGCAGAAGACACAGAUCUGCUGCGGGCAUAUGCUCCAAUGCAGACGAGCGAGCCUGCGAUGUCGGAGCGGCAAGAUGCUGCCACCGAGGCGGCUGAAGAUGUUCGGCCAAGCCCCACAAGCGCACAAGACGCAGACCCGUCGCCGGCCUACGCUGCGGUGCAGACAAGCGAGCCGGCGUUUUCUGAGAGGCAAGAUGCUGCGAGCGAGGUGGCAGACAUACAGUCGCUGCCUUCUGCACGGCCACAAAUGUCUGCGCCAGAGGCGUCUGAAGACGCAGGGCCAAGCCCUACAGAUACAGACGGUGCAUCCCUGCCACGGGCAUACGCUGCUCUUCAGACCAGUGAGCCGGCAUCAUCCGAGCGGCAAGAUGCUGCGAGCGAGGUGCCAGACAUUCAAUCGCUGCCUUCCAGCCGGCCACAGCUUUCUGUGCCGGAGGUGCUCGCAGACGCAGGGCCAAGUCCUACAGACACCGAAGCGCUACACGACAGCGACCCUGGAUCCUUUGAGCGGCGAAAGUCCUCAAGCGAGGCUCCCGUGGAAACGGAGGACUCGGAACGAAUGCUGCUGAGCCAGGACUUUCCUUUAGGUGGAGCGCUAGAUGCUCUGGCUGGCCGCUUCCCCCAGUCGCAGAAGGACGGCUUCUUGGGCAAUCAGGUGCAGGAUCAGGGCAAAGUGACGGCUCAGGAGGAGGAAGAUGCCUUUCGGGACAUCCUCGAAUGGGAGGCCAACGUGAAGGACAUACCAGCUCAGGGAGCUUGCGUGGUGGAGGGUUCUUUCCACACAAAGAGCGUAGGGCAUAUGCAGAAGGUCUGGGUGAUGGUUGUGAUAGCUCGGUUCAUGGAUGCGGCUGCCCAGGGCGGGGGGACCCCGGCCGGCACUGCCAAGGUGAUCACGAACGGCCUGAUGGCCCAGCCUGAAGAAGUGCGGCCGCCGUGGACGAAAGGUCGAUCCGAAGCCGAGAUCUGUGAGAUUGUGACGCAGUCGAUUUGCGAGGCGGUAGAGGCUUCGUAUGUCGUCAAGGACUACAUGGAUGCCGAGCGUGCGAAAGGUCGAAACUUCGACGACAUCUACAGUGAGGUUGGGACCUGGUGGUUCGAAGGAAAAGCGUUCUCCUAG